UUUCAAUUCCAUGAUGAAAGUGUUCUUGACUAUUUUGGCUUUGGCCAUUGCCUCUGCCUCGGCAUAUGAGGCAAUUGUUUAUCCCAAGGAUCUGGCCAAAUUGAAGGGAACCAAGAUCGAGGGACGUAUUACCAAUGGCUAUCCAGCUGAAGCAGGCAAGGCUCCAUACACUGUCGGCUUGGGUUUCGGAAAGGAUGGCGGCGGCUGGUGGUGCGGUGGUUCCAUCAUUGGCAACACUUGGGUCGUGACUGCAGCUCAUUGUACUGGCGAUGCUCAAAAGGUAGAUGUUUACUUUGGUGCCACCUGGCGUACAGAAGCCGUCUACACCCACACUGUCAGCAGCAGCGAUUUUAUCCGUAAUCCCGACUACAAUGGCAUCCUUAACGAUAUCUCUCUGAUUCGUAUUCCUCAUGUGGACUUCUGGGCACAAGUCAAUAAGGUGGAGUUGCCCAGCCUGAACGAUCGCUAUCAAAGCUACAACGAAUGGUGGGCUGUCGCUUGCGGCUGGGGUGGCACCUAUGAUGGUAGCCCGCUGCCCGAUUGGCUCCAGUGCGUCGAUAUGCAAAUCAUUGCCAAUUCUGAGUGUGCUGCCACCUAUGGCACUGGUAUCGUUUCCGAUUCAACCAUCUGUGUCCGUGUCGUCGAUGGCAAGGGCACAUGCCAGGGAGACUCUGGUGGCCCAUUGGUCACACACGAUGGCUCUAAAUUGGUGGGUGUCACCUCAUUUGUUGGUGCUUCUGGUUGCCAGGCAGGCAGUCCAGCUGGCUUUGCCCGUAUCACCAGUCACUUGGAUUGGAUCCGCGACAACACAGGCAUUUCUUACUAAUAAAUAGAUAUAAAACGAUUAAA